AUGAAUCUUGUCGCCGACCGACAGAACAUGAAGCAAGCUCACGAUGUUACCUUCCUUGCGGAGAAUUCCCCAGCCAUGCUGCGAAGGUAUGAAUCAGAAGAGGAGGAAAUAUCCGAGGCAGAAACCAACGGGAACGGUCGCAUGUACUCGCCCGUCGACGCGGACAGUGAUAUGGGAGCUUUUGAUUCGGAAUUGAGCGCGGAUGAGCAGGCCUCUGACGACGUCCAAACCCGGCAGACAGGCAAUAACCGCAGGAGCAUGCUAUCGCCCUUUCUAUCGAGCGGUCAGAAGUCACGGCCGGUGUCGAUGGAGACUGUCAAGCGAAGUAGUACUGCGACCUUCGUGCCAGGGUCCUUUUAUAAGGACGAGGAAGAGGUCAUGUCGCCUGCAACGCCUUUGACGACUUCCCCUAUGCCGUCUCCGAUCCUGAGAGGAACCGCGGUGGUGGUUCCUGCAGAUGCACCGGAAUCAGAGAUGGACUUGUAUCAUCAGUCCAGCAACCGUGACAGCAUGUCUUCUGUUGAGGAUGCCGAUUCGUCGUUGCUCGUGGCUACCCCGGUUAUGUACAUGAUUCCUUCGACGCGACCAAGCCUGAUCUCCAUCGCUCCUUCGUCGAACCGCACGUCUCCCACGAAGGAGGACAAUGCAGCUCGCCUCAGACGGGGCCUCAGCAAAAGCAGUCGGGGCAGCAGUGGACGAAGCAGUACAAGACCAGGGAGGAGAACAAGUCAAAAGAGAUACAGCUCGUUGUCUCUUGCUUCGACGCUAUCUGCCGAAUCAUAUACGACGUCUACAAACUCCCAGAAACAGGCGAGACGGUCGAGCAGCCGUCCAUCAAGCAUGGGCGGGGCUACUCCUAUGCAUGGCCGUCGUCACAGCAGAACCGAAAGCCGGAGCAGGAAUCGAGAAACCGCUCUGAUCGAAUCUCCGACGCUGGGGUUUCUCGCAGGAGAGCCAAAGCCGGGAGAAGAGACCAGUGCUACGAUAACGAACUUUUCUGAGAUGCCCCCUAUGCCUCAUCCAUUGAGUCCCCGGUCAAUGUCAUUUUCGUUUCAUGCUCCUCUAACCUUCUCGCCCGAGCGGCAGUCAAUCGACGUUUUUCCUCAGUCGCAACGUCCUGCAUCCAGCCUGGGACCAUUGGGUCCUCGGAGAAUCUCGAGCUUCGGCACCGUGGAUACAAGCGUGACACAGGGUCAGAGGUCGUUUUCUUCUGACUCUAGAAAGUCUUUCAAGCCAUCUCUGUCGCACAAUCUUUUCAGAAAGGGACCCCGACGGAAUCCCAGAUCUAUCUCAAUGUCUUUCCGUCCAGUCGAGGGUCCGGAACCAUCUCUCACAGCAAGUCCUGUGUCCUACACGUUCUCGCCUGACUCUAGCCACCAGCGUUCUGUAUCAACUUUUGAUGGGGAUAUUGGUAUCGGUCGCCAAAAUGCAACCUACCCUUACGCUAGGGGCUCGAGCAUGCUAUAUACGCCUCUAGGCGUCCGUUCGUCGUCGACCAUGGAUCUUGCAUCCACUCUGGACCCUAUCGCAGAUCCACCCUACGAUGCCGAUUCUGGACCAAGUUCCAGCAAGGAAAAGAGCCAGAAGCGUACACAAGAUACGGGCGAUAGUCGAGCGGCGGGCAAGAGCUUUAUGGGUAUCCGCUUAGGCCGCAAGAAGCGAGUCCCUACACCAACUGCCGAUAACAUGAUCUGA